CUCCUUCUCCUCCUGGGCCCCGGGAAGAGGCUGGGCUGGAUCCCUGAGCAGCCGCCGCUCCUCCUCCGGGCAGGCUGGCUGAUGAGUCAGCUGACGCCGGCGCUCCAGCCUCGCCUCACGGCGCUGCGCUCUCUGCGCUCCCCCAAAGUGGCUGCAAACCGGCCGCCCACUUAAAGGUUUUGGGGGACAGAGAAAGUGAUGUGCGCCUUCUGAAGCCACGCCGGACCGCAGCCGUAAACGCUUCACCGUGUCAACUUUCUCCUUCCGCACCCCAAAGCCUUCUCUUGACCCUGGCCUCAGCCCUCCCCAAAGCCACUUAGGGUGCGUGCGCCUGGGUGAGGAGGGGGGUUGUCACUGGCUGUCCGGGAUGGCUUCCAAUUUUAAUGACAUAGUGAAGCAAGGGUACGUGAGGAUCCGGAGCAGACGCCUAGGGAUUUAUCAGCGAUGUUGGUUAGUAUUCAAGAAAGCUUCAAGCAAAGGUCCAAAAAGACUGGAGAAAUUUUCCGAUGAACGUGCUGCAUAUUUUAGGUGUUAUCAUAAGGUUACAGAACUCAACAACGUGAAGAACGUAGCUCGGUUGCCAAAAAGCACCAAGAAGCAUGCCAUAGUGAUUUAUUUCAAUGAUGAUACGUCCAAGACCUUUGCCUGUGAAUCAGAUCUUGAGGCUGAUGAAUGGUGCAAAGUUCUCCAGAUGGAGUGUGUAGGGACGCGAAUCAAUGACAUCAGCCUUGGAGAGCCUGACUUACUGGCUACGGGGGUUGAGAGAGAACAGAGUGAGAGAUUCAAUGUGUAUUUGAUGCCAUCUCCUAACUUAGAUGUACAUGGCGAAUGUGCCUUGCAGAUUACAUAUGAGCACAUCUGUCUUUGGGACGUCCAGAAUCCCAGAGUCAAACUCAUCUCUUGGCCGCUAAGCGCCCUGCGGCGGUAUGGACGAGAUGCUGCUUGGUUCACUUUUGAGGCAGGGAGGAUGUGUGAGACUGGUGAAGGGCUGUUUAUCUUUCAGACGCGAGAUGGGGAGGCCAUCUACCAGAAAGUCCACUCUGCUGCCUUGGCCAUAGCCGAGCAGCACGAGCGCUUGCUACAGAGCGUGAAAAAUUCAAUGCUCCAGAUGAGGAUGAGUGAGCGGGCCGCCUCGCUGAGCACCAUGGUGCCCUUGCCUCGAAGCGCCUACUGGCAGCACAUCACGCGGCAGCACAGCACGGGGCAGCUCUACCGCCUGCAAGAUGUCACCAGCCCUCUGAAGCUUCAUCGAACAGAGACUUUUCCUGCCUACCCAUCUGAGCACUGAUGGAACUGCCAAGAAUUGCUGUGUGACAUGCUUGUGAUGUGUCAGGCACAGAUCCACCCGGGAGGUCAGAGGAUGACCCCGAGGGAAGCGCUGAAGAAAAGAAGCUACACGUCCUGGCUAACUGCGUGGUCCUUGGGAAACUCUGCAAUACCAUAUUUUGUCUUUUUCUUUUUUUCCUUUCUUUUUUUUUCCCCUUAAAAAAACCUUAGCAUAAUCGAAACCUGUUCUAUAGAUAUCGACGUUUUCUUCCCUCUUUUACAGUUGGACAGAAAGGAGUCGAUGCCACAAAAUGAUUUUCUAUUGUAGAUACCAUGUCCCUGGCACCUCUCUGAAUCUAUCCUUUUGCCGAUUCUUGUGGUUUUUCCUUCUGAGUGUUUCAAUUGUAUGACAGUACUGACAAUAAAAUGGCUCUUAUUUGUUAUUCGUUUAUACCAUAUUCCUCAGUUAUUGAUAUUAUGGUUCCGCUUAACUGUUGGCCAUCAUAUUUUAUUAUAUUCCCCAUUAGGUAAAUCAGUGCUUUAACUCAGUAUUACCUAUUAUGUUAAUAAAUCACCUUUCCAAGCACCCUUUAUAUUCUUUAUAGGGUUACAAUUUCUCUCUCACACCAUCUCCCCUCUCCCUCCUUUUUAAAAAAGCCUUUAUUUUGUUUGGUGUACUUCCCCAAAACAUUUUAAAAUAAAAGAUCAUUCUUCACCC